UCUUUAUCAGCAACGGUGGAACCCAAUGUCACUUCUUAUCAAUUUGAUAAUCUUAUUGGUAAUACCACCUAUCGUAUAAGCGUUGAAGGAUUUUCAAACGAUCGAAGUGUAUUGUAUACUAGCGCUAUGAUUUCGACGUCACUAGCCGUGUUAAAGUGGCUACCAGCUCCGUCGGACAUAACUUUAAUCGAUAAAUCAUGGGAUUUCAUGGAAAUUCGCUGGACGGCGCCAAUAGUUGCUUCUGCCAGAACUCAAGCAAUGAUCAAUCAGCACUUGCGAUACAAAUUGUCUAUACAGUUACCGACGACGAAAGUUACUUUUCUAAAUUUGGAUCCGCGAACUGUUUACAAUGUAACCAUUCAGGCGAGUACAGAAUUCGGUUAUGGCGAUCUUGGUUGGGCAACUUAUUCCACUCUCGACGUAAAUGAAGACUUUAUUUUACGUUUGAAGACUAGAACUCCAAAUUCACUUACCAUUAAAUGGCCGGCAUCAUGGUUCGAUACUCCAUCAACGAGAUACACAGGAACAAGAAUACUGCAUUCCAUAGUCGGAUCUGAGAAAGAAAUUUCGAUCAGCAGCUAUAAUGAUGGUCAUGUUCCGGAGCACCUCUUGCAUGAUUUGGAACCUGGAGCAACUUUUAAUGUGACUCUGAUUUAUAUAAUGGAAGUUUAUAUUGCAAAUGUGCUAGAUCCUCAACCAGAAUCAGCAUUACAAUGUCCCAAAGUUGGUUGUGAUUGGCUAUGCCUCUUAAUAUUCAAUUUGGCAGAAAAUCCAAGAGAAUACACGUUUGAUAUUCGAGCUCAAGUGGCCGGCGUAUGGAAUAAAUGGGUUCCUAUAGCAAGAAGGUAUAUGUCUUUUCCAUCCGUCAAUUCUCUGUGUAGCAUUAAUCCUCCACUUUCAUUCGUUGCAAAUAUUGGAAAAAGCGAUUUUAUGCGAGAAAUUGUUAUCGAGAAAGAUAGUAUGAAUGAUCCCAAUGUUUGGAAAUAUUUGGUGGUGAUUGACAGGCGUGUUGAAGGCGACAUUAUUGGGGCUGUCGACAUUUCACGCCUUAGCGAUAAAGUAACAUCGGAUCAUGAAAAUAUACCAUAUUAUAUAACGGCUGCAUUGAUACCAGAAUAUUUUAAUUACAAAAUACCAUUCAGAAUUGGAGAUGGCCAAGUAUAUGGAGGCUAUUUAAAUUACCCAUUGGAUAAAGGACUAAACCCACGAUGGUUCCUCAUACCUCUCUCACAGACCGAAAGUGAAAUAAUGGAGCCUACACUCAAAUACUGUGGUUUUCGUGAAGAUGGUACAAUCGAAUGUGAACUGUCUGUUGCACAAUUAUUGAGUUUUGUACCUUGGUGGCUUGGCUUACUGGUUUCGUUAAUUAUCAUUUUCGUUAUGCUUCUUGUUUUGCUGAUCAUUUUCAAAUUUUUUCAGCGGCAAUUUUGCAAGUUUAUUGUUUCAUUUUUUGUAAAAUAA